AAACAUAUGCUGCAUAUACAAUACAAAGGGAUCAAAACAAAAGACAACAUCAAAGGAAGGUGAAACCGGAUUGUAUACGCGAUGGACAUCAAUUUAGAAAUCAACGAUGAUUCUGCAAAUAAUGAUGAACAAAAGCAACCACUUCUCCAAAACGCAGAGGUUCCAGAGGCGGAGAGGAGCCUUGUACAGAAAGCUUUAAGUUCUGCAAAUAAUGAUGAACAGAAGCAACCACUUUUGCGAAACGCGGAGGUUCCAGAGGCUGAGAGGAACCUGAUACAGCAAGCUAUAAGUUCAACAUUUCAAAGUACGGCGCACUUGGCAAACCUUUUACCUACAGGCACUGUUCUAGCUUUCCAACUUCUGUCACCAAUUUUUACAAAUAUUGGCAACUGUGACUCUGUCAGCAAGUCCAUGACUUCUGUACUUGUGACUCUCUGUGGUGCUUCAUGCUUCCUGCUAAACUUUACUGAUAGCUUUAGAGACAGCAAGGGGAACAUAUGUUAUGGUUUUGCCACCUUUAAGGGCUUGUGGGUCAUUGAUGGAUCAACCAAACUUCCACCUCAAGUUUCUGAAAAAUAUCGCAUACGGUAUAUAGACUUUAUGCAUGCAAUGAUGUCGAUUUUGGUAUUUGCAGCAAUUGCAUUAUUUGAUCAGAAUGUGGUGAAUUGCUUCUUUCCAGAACCAUCAAAUGAGAUACAGGAAAUCUUAACGGCAUUGCCUGUGGCAAUUGGCGUUUUUUGCAGCAUGCUUUUCGUUACGUUUCCUACUGAGAGACAUGGAAUUGGCUUCCCCCUUUCAACAAGUUAAUAGUUGUGAUAUUUUUUUAUGUUCAUGGUUGUAUCAGAUUUCAAUGACUUAUUUGAUUAAUGAAUUAUUAUAAUGGAAAAAAUUUACAUAUAUUCAACCUAAGUGCAUUAUUUUAUUUGAA